AAUAAAUCCUCCAACGUUUUUUUCAUUAUAUGAGCUUUCCGUUAGUCCAGGCCAUGAAAAUACAGACGGAAGAAUUGGCGCGCUCUCUCGUUCUCUCUGCUAUGCGUUUUCUGAGAUUCUGAUCCGUUGGUUGGUUGGAUGUUUAGCUUCUUGCUCAGUGGAACGGCUGCAAAGCAUGACUGCUACGGCCUUUUUCAAUAAAAAUAGUCUUAAGACCCUAUGAAACUGGAGUCUCGGUUUCCAUUUACACACGGACCCGGACAAUUUAGGGAAGAAAAGUGUGGGGACUUAAAAUUACUGUUGAGGGAGGAAUCUGCUGACGGUGUAAUAAUGGAAACUUUGACCAGCUCAAACGCAUGGGCGAGAGAAAAUGCUUCCGAAAUUUCCAUUCUGAGUCAGAAAACUCGCCAGUCUUCACAUGCAUUCAGAAAUCUCAGUGAUCUACUCACCGCUAGAUCCGGGUUUGUUCAUGAUAAAGGCGUUGAAUGUCAAGGUUUCUCCAUUCGUGAAUAUGUGAUGAAAGUGAGGAGCGUGAACAUAAGGAAGUGUUGGCCUUUUUCGGAGGGUUUGCUGGAAGAUGGAUUAAACGGAGGUGUAGAGCAUCUGCUUCCGCCUCUUAACAGGCCUUAUAACAAAGCCUGCGCCUGUCAAAAUUGUGCUGAGGAACAAAGGAACCUUGAGACCUCGUUUCAGAAAUCGCAGCUUCAUGGUGAUCCGCCAGAAAGUUGUUUCAGCACGGUCGAUGGAACAAAAGACAGGCAAAUGACCGUCUGUUUAAGUCCUUGUUCAGAAGCGGCUCUCAACAUUUCUAAGGAUCUGGAAGAGCAAAUACGAAAACUGAGCACAGUUCAAAUCUCCGGACAGGACGAGAGCGGUGCUGAAGGAGAAGAUGAUAAACAGAAAAAGGAACCUAAAGAUGCCAGAUUUGGACGGCCAUUUUUCAGAGCAGAGUCUUCGAAUAUUGGAACCCUAGAUUGUACUACGCAGUCUGCCGGAGAUGGGAAGCCGGCACGAGAGCACAAAAAAGAAGAGGCUGUCACCAACGAUACGGCAGUCGAAAACCAGGACGGGAAACCGGAUACUGCUAUAUGUAAAGAUUCCCCAAAAGAAAGGCAGGGUCGGAGUUUCAGAUUUGAUUUGACGGAAAGCGAUUGCCAGAUAUUUAUGGAUGUAGGUAUCCGUGAAGAAACAGAAAAGGCCAAAGAAGUAGCGCACGACCAGGUACCAGGAGGAUCCCUAUCGAAGCAAUCUGAGAGAAGCAAUAUUGAAAAUCUAAAUUCUCAAGCAAUUAAAACUGAGUCCGUUACGCAAAGUCUUUCUAACAUUAGCAAUGAUGAAGUUUCAGCAAUCAAAAUUAUCUGCCCCGUUUGCAAGACAUUCAGUUCAGCCACAAUAACAGCUGUGAACGCUCAUAUUGAUGAUUGCCUUGCCCAAGCAUCUAAGGCAGAGAAGAGACACGAUAGAAUGCAAAAUCACAAGUCAAGGAAACAGAAGAAGCGGUCAAUUGCUGAUAUCUGUGCUGUUGCUCCACCAAAUCAUACUCAUUUUGAUGACCUACAAAACUUGGGGACGAGAGAAUCAGUGGGUUCACCCACACCUAAUUGCAAGCUAAAGAAAACUAUUGGGACGGUACAAAGAGGUUUAGCAAGUGCUAUUUGUGAUGACUUGCCAAGUUUCAAGUGCAAGCGAAAGAGGGCAAGUCGGGGUAGUUCACUUAUUCAGCACGGAAAAUCCGGAAAUGGAGGAGCUGGAGCAGCUGGAUCGUUGGACACGAAAAGGAAACGUCCACAUCUUGGUAUAAUACCCAGUAUUUCGAAAGGAGUUGAGGAUCUUAGAAUGCCAUUGGCUGCUUCUCAUUGCCCAAGAACUGAUCAUGGUGUGGAACAUCAUCUAAGUAUAGAAGAAGAAUCCAGAGAUUUGAAUUUUGAGCAAUCACAAAGCACGGAAGUGAAUCAAGUACAGAAUUGUGAUUUACUUACCAAUCAUCAUCAACUCUCUGACAAGCGUAUGGACCAUAUUCACUCUGUAUGUAUGUUACCUAAAGAGGAGAGGACCAAGGAAGGCAUAAUUUCUAAUUGCACCACACAAGUAGAUGAAAGUGGAAUGAUACUUGGAGAUGAUAACACUGUAGAUCCAUCUGUAAAGCCCACAAUGGCAACUUCUGCUACUGAUGUUCACCAUUCAUGUGUGAUGAGUGACACAAAGAUUCUGAGGAAUGAUUUACAUAAUUCUAACAAUGAGCAGUCCAAUAUUUUGUGUGAUGGUACCAGAUUGCAUGUAGAAGAAACAUCCAGAAAAGGAGAUCCAAAUUUGGUGAACUUGUCGAACAAGUCUCCUGUAAACAAAAUGCUUACAUCUUUCAAUCCAGAAAAUGCAGGGGAAGCUCAGAAAUCAAAUGGCAUCUAUGAAAAAUUGGAAUGUCGUGUCAUGGACUCCCUCAAGGAAGACUGCCCUUUGAUAGAGACAGAGAUUUCUGAUAGCCCUGCUGAACCUGUUAGAUCCGAGUAUAAAUUUGUUGCUAAGACAGAUAUAAUAAAUGUCCAGGUUGAAAAUACAAAAAAUAUUUUGGGUGAUGCAAGCACUAGCAGUAGUCUGUCCAUCCAAAGUUUUGAGAGGGGAAAAGAAAGCCCUAUGGAAAAUGGAAGAGUUAUUUGGGAUACCAGAAAGGUAACAGAAGGGGGUCACAUUCAAAAUAUUCAAUUGGAUCUCAACAAAAAGGCAUGUGUUAUUCCAAGAGAUUUUAAAGGACGUUUCCUUAGUUCUCACAGUACCGAUGGGAGCCAAGAUGAUAGUCUUUAUCCUCAAUGUAAUCAAGCACCCAGGCGUAAAUCUACAAAGCCACCCAGGAGUUUGCUUAACAGUUCUGUAAAGGAGGAAUAUAACAAUGUGGAAGCACACCUAUCUGAAAAUGGGAAUGCAAAGGACCGUGUAGAUUUAAGCAUCCAUGGAAAUUGUUCUGUUAACGGUUCCAUAGGUUUACCCCUGGAUUCAGAAAAGGAACUUGUCAAGCCAAUCUCCUAUAGUGGACAAGGAUUUAAUCAACGAUACAAGAUUCCAAAUUAUGCAGUUUCUAAUCAGCCACAAGGUACACAGCGAGAUUUCAAUUUUGUGGAAAGCAGUAAAACUUGUCAUGAUGCUACUUCAGUUAACCAACCUCUUCAAACAUGGAGUUCUAAAUGCCUAUCGCAGGAGAACUACUCCAUUCAGUUUAAACAGCCUGACUAUCAGCAAGAGUACUCAGUAUCUAAUACUAAUCAGUCAAACCCUGAUAAGGGCCUUUCAGAACACUCUUCUCUGCCUGACAAGAUCCAAACCAGUAAAAUGUUGUGUGAAAGUCCAAGUCUUGGAAUCGCCAGUUCAUCAAUCGCAUCACCGGAUGCAUUCUCAAUGUUUGCUAUGCAAUCAAAUGUGCAGUCUGAAUACAAUGAAGAUCAGAGUCAAAAAGCUUCAUCGUUAGAGAAAAUUCAUCCUCAGUUGGAUAUCACAAAACGGAAACAAUCUACCACUCAACCAGUCAUGAGGUUAAUGGGACAAAGUUUUAUAAUUGGGGAUAAAAAUGAAUUCAAGAAUUCCUUUAAGCAUCCUCAGCAGUGCAAUACCACAGACACAGACACACAAACUCCUAGCAGAAGCCCCAUGGGAGCCACAACAUGUGUCUCUUCUACUAUGCAGAGGAUGACAGCUUACAUUGGUUGUUGCACAGCAUGUAAUACAGGUCAAUUUGGUCUUCCAUGUCCUGAAGGUAAUGCUUUGUGCCCACAUUGUAGAGUAAAAACAAAUACAUCAAAAAGUAUUCAGCAUAACUUCAAAGAAGCACAUAGUCUGGGUGUUAUGGAAAGUAUUGCAAACCAUCAAAAUAGAACAUUCGAUAACAAUGUUCCGAAACUGGUAGAAAGAAAGGUGUCGACAAAUUAUGUUCAUGGGCAUUCUUUAAAAGAACGAAGCUAUUCUGGUAAAGCUUGGAUAUCCAAUCUUCCAUUCUCAGCUCCCAAAGCUAAUAUGCUUAUUUCUCCUGUCAGGGACUUGUGUAACAAGACAGACCUAAAUAAGGGACACAAAAUAAAAUAUAAAGAUUCUCAUGUAAGUAAUUGGGAUUGCUCUGUACAGAAACAGACUUACAGACAGCUGUUGGAUUCGUGUUUAGAGAAGAGCGCAUUCCAAAAACAAGAGUCCAAUGGUUGGUCAUACACCAGUAGUUCAUGUUCUCCUCAAAUCUAUUCUGAUGUAUGCAAAUCAUCGUCCUGUCCCAUUGACAACUUUGGUCACUUGUCUGGCCCUCCACAUUCUUUUACCUGUGCCAUUGCUCAUAUACCUUAUUUUCCAUUUAAAAAGCAAGCUCACUGCCAAAUACCUUCCUCCUAUGCAUCUAUUGCCGAUUCUCCAACGUUGGUGAUGCCAGACCAAUACAUCUAUUCACCAAUUACUUCAGAUAAAAGUGAUGAACUGGUAUUGAAAUUUCCCAUGAUUACUACCAUAAAAACAAAUGAUACUAUCCAUCAGAAACUGGGAGUAACAGAUGCUGCUAUUGCUGACAGAAAGCGCAAAGGCAAUCCAAGGACAAGAGAGUUUGUUACAGAGACAAAAGGAUUGCUUGGAAAAUGCAUUUCUGAAAAGCAUGAAGACUGUGGGACAGAUCCAAUGGAGAAGUCUGUUACAUUCUCAGAAACAGAGGACAUGCACAAACGAAAGAGAGUAAUAAAUCAGGGAAUAUUUCCUUCCAAUGUAGCUUCUAAACAUCUCAGAAGACCAGAAAAAACAAAAAGUAACAUGUUGGGCUUCAGGCACAGUGAAAUAUCCAGAACGAAUAAGACCAGGGUUGAAUCUUCAAGUGAUGGAGGAAACUCCUCGAGCAUGGUGGAGAAUGAAUCGAUAUUGAACGUUCCUUCUCAUGCCGGGUUCUCUCAAAAUUGCCCGGAAAAUGAAAGUGAGUUAUUCAUGAAACCCGAUAACAAGUGUACAGAGACAAAAGCAUCAACAACUGAAUUGCAUUGUUCAAAUGCAGGAUCAUCACUCAAAUUUACAGAACCAAAGAAAUUAAUUGGAGGCAUGAAGCACAUACGGAAACCCUUUCCUCAAAAUGGAAAUGGAAAGCAAUUCUUGCCUAUGCAUUUUACUCUGCCAUAUGCUGAAACAAGUGCGGGGGAAAGAAACAAAAUUUGGAAAAUGUAAGCGUAUACAGAUAUACUGACCAAGAAUCGAGCUCACCUGGUAUCAACAUUGACGAAGACGAUGAGCACUAGCAAUUCCCAUUGGCAGUAGCAAUAAUAGAUUGGAGAAGUUAGUAGCCCAAACCAUAGUUCAUAGACAGAUGGUGCCUGUAAUUAAUUAUACUGUUAUAUUUUAUUUUUAUGAAUGUCUAUUAAUUUUCUAAAGUUUGAAGGUAGGAGUUUUGAUGAAAUAGAAUAAAUUUUGUUUCAGUACUA